AUGAUCGAUCUUUUAUUCCUCUUAUUUUCUCUACAUCUCGAUGUUUAUUCUCAAACAAUUGGCCAAACAAAUCAGAUUUAUAAUCGGAAAGAAGAUGGACAACGAGGAAUCCAGUUGGAUGUUGGCCGAGCUGGUCUACAAUCAUCUCCCAAUCCUUUGAAUCCCACCAAUUUGGUGUUUAUGAACACAGCCACGAAUGCCCAACAACCGGGGAUAUCCACAAUCAGAAACGAACAGGGAUUUAUGAUGAAUCAAUCACCCAGAAUCACUUACCAACAUCUUCGCAAUAUCGACUGGACUCAGGUGGAUCGUCGGAGCGAAGAGGGUAAAAAAUUUGUAGUUUUAAUUGGUUCAUAUUACACUUAAUACACCUCCCAUUCAGGAUGGUGGCAUCUUUAUCCUUUUGGUGAGAGGUAUUUCGAUAAUCCCUUGAACAGCCGGCAUGGAAUGGAUAAACAAAUUGAUCUUGACUUUUUCCUUCCCUAUUAUGGACAUCGAUUUAAUUACACUUUUGUAAGUUACUGGUAACAAAAUCACAAUCACAAAACAAAUGUUCCAGAUCUUCCAUGAGGGAUUCGUUGCCUUUUCUUAUCCCUCCUUCAUCCAGCCCCCAUACACUUUUCCCAAUCCCAAGUGGCCGAAUCAGCCAGAUCCCUCUCUGAUUGCUGCAUUUAUGGCUGAUCAGGUUUUACAAUAUGUGGGAGACACCAAAAUCAGCAAUGUUUGGUAUAGGAUUGUAGAAAGGUAUGUAGAUUGCCAUAUAUAUCAUUAUGUUUGUCAUCAUGUGGAAGAUCAAAAUGAAUAUUUCAGACCUCCGUCGUUGAUUGGAUACAACAAUUUGAAUAUCGAUUGGUUCCCGCAACACAACAACCAGCCAAACAAUCAGCCAUUGGGCGUUUACAGUUAUCAAGGGUCGCGGUAAUGACUGGAAUUACUAUGAGUUGUAUAUUAAUGAGAUACAGUAUACCUUUGUCAAGUAUAAUAUCAAAUUCGAUGAUUUUAGAUACUACCGUACUUAUCGUGGACGGCAGCUGAAGACUGAGAUAGGAAGAGUGGAAGAUCCAGAAUUCUUAGAUUUGAUUACAAAGUAAGUGUCGUAAUAUUACAGUUGAUUUUUGAUGCAUUGGUUUUCUUCAGCGAUAUAAGGCAUGGAAUGGUAGGUGCCAGAGGUUGGAAAGCCGAUUACGCAUUGAUCGUAACAUGGGAGAGGAUGGCGUAUGGAGGAGCGCCAAGGAUCACUAAGAUCGAUCAGUACGAACAGGCCAAGAGAUGGGUAGGAGAACUUUAUGUUACAAAAGAAUACUCUACGGAAUGGAGUAUUCGAUUGGUAAUUAUUUUAGCAAAACACGUACCAGAUGGUUGUGGCGACCGACGAGAUCCGGACUUAUUGUAUGUUCAACUUUGCCAACAUAAAUUGGACUUCUUCGGCCGAAGCCGGUGCUCUGAUCGGUGGGCGUGGAGGCAAACAGAGUGCUUUGGUCGGGUUCAAUGGAGGAAACGGAACGGGCUACUUUGAACUGCCCUAUAGUGCUGACGGAAACUCUUAUAAACUAGUUCAAUACGGAUCAACUCAGAUUGCGGGAAGAUGGGUGGCUCGGGUAGAUGAGCAGAUCCAAUAUGGUGGAUGCAGCAAUGAAAGUAGAGGCACUUUGGAGACCUCUCAACAGUAUGGGAAUAUGCUGGGAGGGUUUGCUUUGAAUGUCUCGGGACCUUGUUAUCGACCCACAGAUAUAAUUAAAUUACAAUUCGAUGAGUUGACGAUAGAUUGUGAACGGGUAAGUGAUUAAUUUUAUGUCAUUUUGACAGUUAUUUAUCUUUAUUGUUUUAGAUAGACAUGGUUAUCGCCAGAUGUGUGAUCCCGGUAAAUCAAGUGUUCCGUACGGGAUUAGUGGAUCUCCGACUGUCCGUCGACGGAGGAAAGAACUAUCCUUGGUGGAACAAAUUUUAUGUCUGUAAGAAAUCAAAAAAUGUUUUCCUACAGUAACCCAAAAAAUAUUAUAGUACAACCAGGCCUUUCUCGACGUCGAGUCAACCUUGUGAACGAUGCCAGAGAACCCCGGAAUAAUUGGAAUGCGUUCGAUGCUAGGAAUCUGACAUUAACCUGGGAACAUGAGAAUAUAACGGCCAAUUAUAAUGCCGAAAUUGAUGUUGUUUUAUAUGGAUAUUGGGAGGAUGUGGAAGGUCACAGCCUCAAACAAGUCGGGUAUAUUGCGAGGAGGACGGCUAAUCUAGGGACUCUUACAUUCGACCCACAAACUCUAAAGUAAGAUCUUUAAAAAAAGUUUUGUAAUGCGUUAGCAAGUAUAACAUUAGUUCUUUGAUGAAAGUCGUUUUUAAUGUAUCAUAACUUUUUUAGUUCAAACUGUGAAUUUUAAUAAAUGUAAGACUUAAAUCGACUUUUAAAUAUCCAAAAUGAAUGCAUUUUGUUCCAGAAAGGACCUCGAAGGAGAUCCCCAGGCCUUCAGAUUUUAUCACGGUGGCUUAAUCCAAGUCCGAGUGAGUGAAAGUUGGCAGAACGAUCGAGGAGAUGGAUUAUAUUGGUCUUCUCCCGUCUCUUUUGGCUGGUUCUUCAAAGAACAAUGGGAAUAUCAUUAUGGGAUGGAUUGGGCCAUGCAUUUGUGUCAGGAAUGGUACGAUUAUGAUGGCCGCAGGGAGAAUUUUGUCAUGGAAUUAGAACCAAAGAGUAAGAAAACAGCUUUUUAAGUCACCUUGCAUUUAAUCUUAUCAUUUUGCACAUUACAUGGCUUUUUUAAUGUAAUGUUACAGUACCCUGUCCUUGCACUUUGGAUCAAGCUGUAACUGACAUUGGAAGAUUCACGGCAUUGCCUGAGUGCGAUCAAGAAGGAGAUCAUCGUUGUUACUACCAUCAAGGAGCCAAACAUUGCGUUCUGAGCACAUUCUCCGUGUAAGUUUCAGUAAUUUUUUCAUAUUACGGUCAUCCUAUAGCUUUUAUUUUGAUAAUCUAAAAUUUGAACUAAUUUUAGCUGGACUGGAGCUGGUCAAGUGUGCUGUUACGAUUACAAUGGGUGGUUGAUGUUCUCGGAUGACUUUGAAUACAACGACCAGUAUCUUCGCUUUUACUCUGCAGGUGUUCCGUAUAGGUAAAUUAAUAUAAAAAUUGUAAUAUAAGUCGUUCAGAGCUCACCCUUGGGGCGCUUUCCCCUACAAAAGACCCCCUUAUGUUCCCACUUUAUCCAAUUUAUACAACGAUCUUCUUCCUUAUGAUUAUUGUUGUAAAUGGGCGGGACAUUGUGAAUUCUAUUUUUGGAGAAGGCAAACUUCCACUUGUCAAAUGUAUAAAGCUCCAACUUUGGGUAAGAAAACCUGAAAGUAUGUAAUGCGAAUGUAGCAUCGAUUUAUGGGGGAAAUCAUAUCAGCACUUACGAUGGGACCAGAUAUACAUUCCAUGGGAAAGGAUACUAUAUUUUGAGUAUGAUGAAGAGCCCGGCACAUGACCUGAUGAUUCAAGGAAGACUGGAACAGCCUCCAAAGACUAUAUGUAAGCCUUUUUUCAUUUUACGAUGCCAAGACAAAACUACUUUACUUAUACUAUCUCGAACUAAAAUAAUAUCGCUUUAGGGGAGUCGGAGGUCAGAUCAACCGUUUUAACGGGUCUUGCUGCCCGAGAUAACCAAAGUUCAGUGGUCCAAAUCUAUGCCCGCAAGGAUUUCCGAAGAUGGAGAUAUAAAACGGAUAUUUAUGUGGAUGGAUACCGAGUCUAUUUUGAUAUGCCUUGGAAGAAAAUUCAGACUUUCCAGGGUAAAAAUAAAACGAUUAUUCUCGACUUCUUUAGGUGUGACAUUAAGAAAUCCACCGAGGAAUAUGAAUCAAAGUGAGAUCGAUAUAAUGUUUACAACUGGAGUUGGGAUUAGAGUAAUCGAAAGCCGCGGAAUCUUGAAUGUGCUCAUAUCUCUGCCAGAAAAUUACAAGGAGAUCAGCGCUGUAAGUCUUUGAUUAAACUUGAUGGGUUUUUAAUCAUGUUUUAGCGUCAUUUCCAUCGAGAUUAUUACCGCACAAAUCUCUUUUACCACGACGAUUUUAUCGAAGAUCCCUUCAGACAAGAGACUUCGUGGUCGUUUGCCUCGGUCUUUAAUCUUCGGACGACCACUCCAGUCCCAAUCCUCUACAAUUCUUUUAACAAAUGCUCUACCCAUUAUCGAACUCUGGGAUUAUUGGGAACUUAUAACGGAGAUUCGAGGGAUGAAUUGACGGCCCCUGAUUGCGAUGUGAUCCCGACUCAAUAUCCCCAGACGGAGGAUGACUCCAGAAAAAUUUAUUAUCGGUUUGGAGAGAGAUGUAAGCGUUUUUACCAUAUCUUACAAGGAAAGUACUUUUAUGGGGGCUCCCACUUUUUGACGGGACAUAUCUCAAAAAAUCAGAAAAAAUGUGCUGAUCAAGGAUAUAUAAAUCUUAGCUGCCCAUUUUGGGUUUUUAGGGGUGAAAAUGCCCAAAAAUUGGCUUAAUUUCCCUACAAAAGGCGCAGGCAUUCGAAACGAUAAAAAGCGCAGUCGGUCUCUUCCUUCGGAAGAGAGCGGUUUGGCCGAGUGGUUAGUGCCGUAGCCUGGGAAUCAUGAGGGGGAACGCCGCACGGGUUCGAUUUCCCUUUUGGGCUGAAUCAACUUUUUUUGAAGUUGAAGGUCGGAAAAAUAAAUUUUUGGGCCAAGACUGAUUUAUUACGUCUUAGAAACUCAUUAAACAUAAUUUUAAGGCAAAAUAAAAAUUGUAAACCUGUGAAAAAUUAAGCGAAAAGGGGUUCAUAUAGGACUUUAAGUCAACUUCCGAUUAAGUUUUCACCCCUAAAAACCUAAAAUGGGCAGCUAAGAUUUAUAUAUCCUUGAUCAGCACAUUUUUUCUGAUUUUUUGAGAUAUGUCGCGUCAAAAAGUAGGAGCCCCCAUAAAAGUACUUUCCUUGUUAGACUUUAAUUAACAUUGUAAAUAAAAAAAUGAUGACAUAAAUUUUUUGAAUGCUAUUUUAGGGAGAUUGGACCGCAAUCUGAAUGUCCACAAGCUAUUCCAGAGUGACAUUUCCCCCAUCUACGACCCACUCAGCUUCGCCAAUCAGAUCUAUGAACCGAUCUUCGAUCCCUGGAGAUAUAACAACCAUUCUUAUGAGGAGUUUGUAUUCAGUCGGGAGGAAGUCAAGGUAAGUUAACUCAUGCUUCUAUAUCAAUGAUUAUAUUAAACUAACUUUGCUUUUAAAGGUGGAUUGUCAAUCUCAGCCAUCUUGUGAGUCGGAUUAUUUGAUGUUGGGACGCAGAGAAUUUGGGUUGGAUACUCUAGAUUUUGAGAGAAAAUUUGAGAAACUGAAGGAAAGAGGGGAGAAUCGACGUGAGUCUUACUGUAACCCUAUACUUUUUUCUGAAUUUUUGCCUAGUGUAAUAUAUUUUAAACUUACAGGGGCCAGCUGCGGUCCAUUGGUCAAGAAUCCCGGAGUAAUCAAAUUCCCGGCCGGAAACAAUUAUUUGGAUGGGGUUACUGUAACAUUUGCAUGUAAGCCCGAGUAUUUUUUGCAUGGAGAUGCCCAGAGAACUUGUAUAAACGGAUCCUGGUCACCCGGUUGGUGGGUUUGGUGUCGAUGUAAGUCUUCAGAUAACUGUCUGGGUUACUGUAACUUCCUACAAACCGGAAAAGCUUUGCGGAUUGCUGUUACCAACUAAAGCUUACUGUAUUUUCAGCCAGAUCCGAAGAGUAUGCCCUAAAAUGGAUGUGUGGAAUCCUGAGUACGGUGGCCAUAAUGUUGGCCAUCAGUUUUAUUUUUACUGCGUACAUCAUGAAAGGGAGAGAGAAACAAAAAGAAUUCAUCGCCAAGAGAUAUCCCGUAGUGUAGGUGACUAAUGCUGUACUGUAUUUUGUACCAUUUUAGAAGCUACAUCCCAAAUCCCGAGAAGGAAUCACCUCCACUUCAGGGACUAAAUACCUCAGUUUAG